GCUGCGUGCCGCUUGCCUCACGACAGCCACCACCGCACCUCAGCACAAUCCAGCAUGGCCUCGUCACCUUCGGCCGACUCGGUCGCCGCGCGCCGCCUGCCGCCGCCGACGGCGCUCGCGACGUUCUCCUCGAGUGCCCUCCACACGCUCGCCGCGUCGUGCGUCGUGCGCUCCAAAAAGCUCGCCAACUGGGGCGGCACCACGCACGUCACGCCCGAGCGCCUCUUUGAGCCGCGCAGCGUCGAGCAGUGUCUGGCGCUCGUCGAGCUGGCGCGCCGCGAGCACAAGGAGCUGCGCGCCGUCGGCCGCGCGCACAGUCCCAGCGACCUCAUGUGGAGCAAGGAGUGGCUGGUGCGCAUGCAGCGCAUGGAGGGCGUCGUGCAGAUCGACGCCGCCAAGCCGAGUGUCACCGUGCUCGCUGGCACGUACGUCUCGGCCAUCCACGACAUCCUCGCCGCCGCCACGCCGCCGCUGGCCAUGUCCAACGUCGGCUCCAUCUCCGAGCAGACGCUCGGCGGCCUCAUCGCUACGGCCACGCACGGCACGGGCUACAACUUUCCCGUCGUCUCUGCCGCCAUUCUCUCGCUGCGCGUCAUUGUCGCGCUGCCGCCGGCCCAGGGCGGCACACAGGUGCUCUUCUGCUCGCGCGAGGUGCACCCGGAUCUCUUCAACGCCACGCUCUGUGGUCUUGGAUGCACGGGCCUCAUCGUGGAGGCCGAGCUGGCCGUCGAGCCGGCCUUCAAUCUGCGCCAGGUCGGCGAGGAGAUGACGGUCGACUUCCUCUUUGGGCCCUCGACGGGCUACCCCGCCGUGCUGGCGGCGCCCGAGACGCCGCGCUUCUCGCCGCGCGCCAAGGGCGCUACUCCGGGCGCCGAAGCAUCGCUGGCGCCGCAACGGCAAUCCAUCGGCGCGCUACUUGCCCGCGGCGAGCGUCUGCCGCCCGCCAAGUCGGCUUACCUGCCUGCCGUGCGCACGACGUCGCCGGCGCACGUCUACCCGCUGCCCGCCGACGUGCUGAGCGAGGAGGCACGGGAGGACGAUGAGGAUGAUGAGGUGACGCGCGAGGCGCAGCGGCGGCUGGAGCGUAUUGUCCAGUCCAGUCAGCAUGCGAAGAUCAUGUACUGGCCUCAGGCGCGCAUGUGCACCGUGUUCCGCGCCGACCGCACAUUCGAGCCACCGAUGCCCGUCGGCCUUGGUAGCAAGAUCUACGGCCGGGUCGUCGGCCACGACCUGACCCAGCUGCUGCUCUUCGUCUCGCGCUACCAUCGCGCCCUGCCUCCUCGCAUCGCCCGUCUUGUCUUCUGGUUGACGCACCCGAGCUCGAAGAACGCCUCCUCGCUCGAGUCGUCGGCGGGCGGCAAGGCGAGCUCGGUGCCUCCGCCGCCGCCAGCAGGAGAGCACAGUCGCGGCGUGGGACGGACGACGGAGGAAGGUGUUGCAUCUGGUCCUUCGUCUUCCUCCAGCUCUUCACUGCCCGAAGCCGCGCCGUCGCCUUCGGCAUCUAGCUCAUCAGACGGCAAGAAGGCUCUCGUGGCGCGCACCACCGAGCUCUCUACGCCUUCCUCUUCGAGCUCCGUGACGCAAGCCGGCGAGCACGGCGCGCGAGUGUUCGCCCUGCGUGCGGCCGCCAAGCGAGGUGCCGUGUCGCGCCCUGCAGCACCGGCACACCGCGUCUCGCUCGACGCCUUCCUCACGCCGCCGCCUGACAAUGGACGCAAGUAUGGCGUCCUCUCGCGCGCACUGCCGCCCAUCGGCACCGGCGCCACGUACCACUCGAUCAAUACGUCGCACAAGGUCUUCAACAUGGACUGUCUCUUCCCGCAGCACACGAGCGAGUGGGCCAUCCCGCUUGUGCACGCUGCCAGUGCGCUGAGGGCGCUGAGAGAGUGGCUGGAGGCGGAGGAGGCAGAUGCAAACGGCGAGCGCAUCCACUUUCCGGUCGAGAUUCGCUUCGCCGACGCAGAUGGCAUCUGGCUGAGCCAUGCGCAAGGGCGCAAGACUUGCUUCAUUGGUGUCAUUCAGUUCCGGUGAGUGACUAAGGCCGACCAACGAAGAGCGGCAUGUGGCCCGUCGGCCGGGCCUCGGCCUGUACAGUUUGAGGCGAUUGGCAGGUUGGCUGGUGUCCUUUGCAUCGGUCAGAGCACCGCCUUCCUCGAUACACCGCGGGGUACAUUGUGCGGUGUUACCGUUCGCUAGCGCCUCACACGCCCUGCCGCACCUCGCUGACCCCAUCCGCACAGCCCGUACAACCAGGCGGUGCGCUACCGCGUGCUCUUUUCGCG